GUCGCACCAUCUAUAAAUGAAAAACCCUACUUUCACUUCUUAAAUUAAUUCCCAGCUAGAGAUACAGAAAUUUUUGGAGAAUUGAAAAUUGAGGUUAUUGUUACUUGGCGGGAAUUUAAUGUUUUACUACUUUCAAAAAUGGAAACAUUGGAGGAAGAAUCAUUACCAUGCCCAGAGAAAUUCGAUUUUCCUUUUCCCGCUUAUGAUAUUCAAAAUGAUUUUAUGAGAGCAUUGUAUAAAACUAUAGAUGAAAGAAAUUUUGGAAUCUUCGAGAGUCCAACUGGAACUGGAAAAUCCCUCAGCAUUAUUUGUGGAAGUAUUCGUUGGCUGAAAGAUCAUAAUGAACAUAGAAGAAAAAUCUUAACAAAAGCCGUAGAAAAAUAUCAGGCCGAAAAAGAGAAGUUAUCUGAAGGAACUUCAGAUUGGUUGAUUUCACAAUCGAAGGAAAUUGAAAUAAACCAAAAAUUAGAUCAAAUAAGAUUGCAAUUAAAUAAAAUUAUAGAAUAUGAGGAACGUAUUGAGAAAAUCAUACAGUCAGUUAAAAUUAAAGAUGUUAAUUAUAAACAAUUCCGACUGAAAGGUAUAAAAGUCGCUACUGAUGAACCAAAAACAUCUGAAAAUGUAGAUGAUGAUCUAUUGGUGUGUGAUGUUGAAGUUGAAGAUGAAGCUGAGGAAGAGGAGGAUGAAAAUGAUGAUAAAUAUGAACCAGUAAAGAUUUAUAUUUGUAGCAGAACUCACUCUCAAUUGGCGCAAUUUGUAGGAGAAAUAGUUAAAUCUCCUUUUGGCAAUAAUGUAAGAUCAAUAUCUUUAGCUUCAAGACAAGUAUAUUGUAUAAAUCCAGAGGUUAAGAAGUUGAAGAGUAUGGCUCUCAUCAAUGAAAGAUGUUUGGAUAUGCAAAAAAACAAGAAUAAAAUAAAAAAAGAUGAAAAUGGCAAAGUUUUGAAAAAACAACGUACAGAAUCGAAGCAAUGUCCUUAUUAUAAAACACAAAAUAUAGAAGAUCUUAGGGACGUUGCUCUCUCUGAAAUUUUAGAUGUAGAAGAUUUAGUUGUCGCUGGUAGAGAGCUGAAGGCAUGUCCUUAUUAUGCAAGUCGAAAAGCUGCAGAUGACGCUGAGAUAGUUCUCAUACCCUACAACACACUCCUGCAUAAAGCAACUCGGGAAGCUAACGGAAUAAAUUUGAAAAACAAUGUUGUUAUAAUUGAUGAGGCACACAAUCUACUUGAAUCUUUGGCGCAGAUGUAUAACAGUGAACUGAACUUGCUUCAAAUUGAUUAUGCUUUGAAGCAGUUAAUGGGUUAUAAGGCCAGAUUCGGUACAAGAUUUUCAUCAGCAAAUCUUUUAAUGAUUAACCAACUCGUUUUCAUCAUUAAGAAGCUCAAAAAUGUUUUAGAUAGCAAUAAGGAGACUUUGAAAGAAACAAAGACUGAUAUUUUUACACUUGGAAACUUCGUUUUGAUGGCAGAAAUCGAUAAUUUCAAUAUGUUUAAACUCAUACAAUUUGUAAGGAAUACCAAACUAUCGCAGAAGAUUCACCAUUACGCUCUGAAGUAUCCUGAUGAUGAAAAAGCAUCGCAAAAACCUGCGAAAGGACUGAAAACCUUUUUAACGAGUCUGAGCAACAGUAAAACCAAAGCCAAAUCUACAAAUGACACUCCCGAGCCUGAAACCUCCGAAAAAAAACCUCAAGAACAAGCCCCAGUGAAUCCAUUAUUAUCUGUGGUUUCAUUUUUAGAAUCUCUCACCUCUUUUUAUGAAGAUGGAAGAGUCUUGAUGGUUAAAAAUCCGGAACCUAAACUCAGUAAAUUCCAAUUCUUAUUACUCAAUCCGUCUUCACAAUUCACAGAUAUUGUGAAAGAUGCAAGAUCGGUUAUUGUAGCAGGUGGUACCAUGAAACCUAUAGGGGAAUUCAAAAACCGACUAUUCAUAUCGUCCGGUGUUGAACCGAAUAAAAUUGUUGAAUUCUCUUGUGACCACAUUAUCUCCCCAGAUAAUAUUUUACCGAUUAUCGUAACUAAUGGUCUACAAGGCCAAAACCUCUAUUUUAAUUUCGAGAACAGAAUGAAACUGGGACCAAAUAUUAAACACAUCUUGCUAGAAGCUUGUAGAACUGUCAUUGGAGGAAUCGUUGUAUUUUUUCCAUCUUACCAUUAUGAAAAUUGGGUAUGGGAACAACUGAAGGAUGUCUCCUUCGGAAGGUUGGUCUUUAGGGAACCUAAAGAAGCAGGGUCAGUUGAUGCUGUACUUGAAAAAUAUGCUGCAACGAUCAAGAAAUCGAAAAAGACAGGAGCUUUGUUAUUCAGCGUUGUAGGCGGAAAGCUAAGUGAAGGACUGAACUUUUCCGAUGACUUAGGAAGGUGUGUUAUUGUUAUAGGUUUACCUUAUGCCAACAUCAAAGCAGCUGAUUUGAAGGAGAAAAUGAAAUAUUUAGAUACUCUAGAGGGCUCUGGAGCUGGAAAUGAAUUUUACGAUAAUCUCUGCAUGAAAGCUGUCAAUCAAUGUAUUGGAAGAGCGGUUAGGCAUAAAAAUGAUUACGCUGUAGUUUUGUUGGUGGACGAAAGAUACAACAGAAGUUCAACAAAGACUGCUUUGCCGGGAUGGAUAAAGAGAAGUUUGAGAGCCAAUAAUUCUAAUGGUGCUUUCGAAUUGAUCGAAAAGUUUUUCCAGUCAAGAAAUAAUUGAAGAAGAAAGUAUAAGAGAUAUUUUAGUUUUGUAUAAAAGAGUCAAUAAAAUUUAGUUUGUUUUAA